AUGGCUGGAGCGACCUCGGGACCAACAUCACCAACGUCGCCGACCUCGCCGUUGGCCCCUUUCCCUCCUGAGCCGUCACCCGAAGACCGGUCUCGCGCACAGGAGUUCUAUGGCUUCGUCGCAUGGACUUCGACCUAUCUGCUUUAUAUUCUGUUCCUGCUCUGGGCGUUCCUUCCUGAUGAGUGGUUAAUCUGGCUGGGUAUUGAGUGGUAUCCAUCCAGAGAGUGGGCACUUCUGCUCCCCGCCUGGUCCAUGGUUCUCGUUCUCUUUACCUAUGCCGUAUACCUUGCCCUUGCGCUCGCGGGGACACCUCAGUUCUCCGAUGUCAGUACGAUAACGGACCCCUACUUCGCGUAUGCAUUUGACGACGCGAACCCGGAACGGGCUGCGGUCCCCGAGAUGUACGAUAUUCCCAUCGGUCUGGUCAACCGUGUAACAUACGCGCGAAAGCCGAACUGA